CCGUUAUUUGCAUAGAACACAAAAAAAUGGCGAAAAAAUAACAGAAAGUCUGCGCUACGAAGAGCUGGACUUUAGGUGCGGCCAUGGGGAACACCAGCAGCGAGCGGGGAGCUGUGGGACAGGGCGACAACAAGGCUCACCGGCGGGACAGCCGGGGGACCAAGGAAGGAGACCGUCCCCAGAUCCUCAUGGACAGCCCCGAGGAUGCCGACAUAUUUCACGGGGAGGACAUUAAAGGUUCAGCAGAGAAGGAGGAGUUCCUGACCUGGCAACCAGAUCUGGAGACAGAUGACCGGGCCUCGGUCCAGGCCAGGCCCACGGUCUUCCGCUGGACCGGUGCCGGCAAAGAAGUCUACCUGUCUGGAUCGUUCAACAACUGGACCUCCAAGAUACCCCUGAUCCCAAGUCAGAACAACUUUGUGGCUAUAGUGGACCUGCCAGAGGGCGAGCACCAGUACAAGUUCUAUGUUGAUGGACAGUGGACUCAUGACCCCACAGAGCCUGUGGUGACCAACCAGUUGGGCACAGUCAACAAUGUCAUCCAGGUGAAGAAGACUGACUUUGAGGUGUUUGAUGCACUAAUGGUCGACUUACAGAAAUGUUCAGACAUGUCAGAGUUGUCCAGUUCUCCGCCGGGACCAUACCACCAGGACGCAUACAUUCCCAAACAGGAUGAGGGCGUGAAGUCCCCGCCAAUCCUCCCUCCUCACUUGCUGCAGGUCAUCCUCAACAAGGAUACGAGUAUCUCUUGCGACCCUGCCUUGCUCCCAGAACCCAACCAUGUAAUGCUCAAUCACUUGUACGCGCUUUCUAUUAAGGAUGGUGUAAUGGUUCUGAGCGCAACUCACCGGUAAAAGAAGUACGUCACCACCCUCCUCUACAAGCCCAUUUGAACACAGGACUUGCUGAGCUUCCAACCCCCUGUUAUCGUUCCAUAUGGCUUUUUUUCUCCAUUUAGGACGAUUACAUUUUUGUCUUCUACCACAAACUUUUUUGUUAAAUGUUUCCAUCGGUUCAUUUUGCAAAACUAGAGCCAUGAAGCAGGUUGUGUGAUUACCCAGAAUGCAUCAUUCAAAAGAGCACAGAAACAAAAAGGCACUUAUCCCUGGUUUUUUGGCAAAGCACAGUAUUAAAGCAGUCAAUAUUGGCAGGUAAAAGUAGUGUUCAUCAAGGGGCUGUUUUCGUACUUAGAGCACAUUGUGCAACAAAGUUUAUUUGUAUAUUAGCCCUUGUUUAAUCAGACUUGUGCUGAAAUUUUUGGUGUUGGGUGCAUUGGACAAGAACCAGAGUGAGGAAGCAAUUUUCACUACUUAAUACGAACUGCUUACUGGUGAUGUUUUAGUACGAACGAUAAGUACUUAUUGUCAGUGCCUUGAUGUAAUUUAACACGAUCUUGCGACAAAUAUGGAGAAAAACAACAUGCACUGACAAGCAUUCAAAACUUACUUCUAGUUCUGAAAUGAUUAUGGGGUUGGACAAGGAGCACUAGACGUCAUAGCAGUAACUAUUUUUCCUGUAAGCCAUGAAGUAACACAGUAACUACAGAAUUCAAAUACAAAUAGUUCUUGUGAAUAUCAUGCAAUUAUUGUUUUCACACUGUACACCACAUUUUUUUGACCUAGGAACAAACUGUAAAUGAAGAGUGGAAACAGCCAUAGUGGAUAUAAAGUAAUGUUUGUAUGACUGUGUAGCCAUUGAUAGGUGUUUUGCUCUUUUUUUGCAGUCACUGUGGGUUUGGGACAUGUCUAUUUCUGCAUUAAUAUUUCAUUUAGGAAUAUGUUUACAAAACUAUAGAGUCACAUGUUAUUUUGAAACAAAGCAAUAUGAUUUUGAGCACGAGGCCAAAUUCGUCCUUUUCAUGGGAUAUUCCAGGGACCAGCAUUUAUGAACAAAACUGA